UCAGAGGGCACCUCUGAGAGUAACAACGUGCCGAGCCGAGGCCUUAAGGCAGGUGCCAGGUAGCUCCGCAGGUGGCAGCUGAUCCUCCCCCGGAUUUCUCUGGCUCGGCCGCGGCUCCUGCAGUUUGCAGCUCCGAAGGGAGUCGCAGACGAAACCUCCCCGCGCCGCGUUCUCAGUUUCCCCAGCCCUAGAGUAGGGGAGCUGGUUGGGCGCCCCCAUUCCCGCCACACCCCCAUCCUCUAGAAGCCAGGUCGGCGAUGCUGAAGAGCCCCUGAGAGGAGACCCCCACGAUGCCCCUGUCUGACUUUGUGCUGGCCUUGAAGGACAAUCCGUACUUCGGGGCCGGCUUCGGACUGGUGGGCGUGGGCACUGUCCUGGCCCUGGCCCGAAAGGGAGCCCAGCUGGGGCUGGUGGCGUUCCGGCGCUACUACAUGAUCACGCUGGAGGUGCCGGGUCGGGACCGCAGCUACACGUGGCUGCUGAGCUGGCUGGCCCGGCACGGUUCCCGCACGCAGCACCUGAGCGUGGAGACCUCGUACCUGCAGCACGAGAGCGGCCACGUCAGCACCAAGUUCGACUUCGUGCCCAGCCCGGGCAGUCACUUCAUUUGGUACCAGGGCAAGUGGAUCCGGGUGGAGCGGAACCGUGAGAAACAGAUGAUUGACCUGCAGACCGGGACCCCGUGGGAGUCCGUCACUUUCACUGCCCUAGGCACUGAUCGCAGGAUUUUCUGUAGCAUCCUCAAGGAAGCCCGGGAGCUGGCCCUGCAGCAACAAGAGGGGAAGACAGUGAUGUACACGGCCAUGGGCUCCGAGUGGAGGCCCUUCGGUCACCCCAGACGCCGUAGACCCUUGCAGUCAGUGGUGCUCCAGAAGGGCUUGGCCGAGCGCAUCAUCCAGGAUAUCCGGGAGUUCAUCAAUAACCCCAAGUGGUACAGCGACAGAGGCAUUCCCUACCGGCGAGGUUACCUAUUGUACGGGCCCCCUGGCUGUGGAAAGAGCAGCUUCAUCACAGCUCUGGCUGGAGAGCUGGAACACAGCAUCUGCCUCCUUAGCCUUACUGACUCCAGCCUCUCUGAUGACCGCCUGAACCACUUGUUGAGUGUGGCUCCACAGCAGAGCCUGGUCCUUCUGGAGGAUGUGGACGCGGCCUUCCUCAGCCGAGACUUAGGGAAGGAAAACCCAGCAAAAUACCAAGGACUUGGACGUCUGACCUUCAGCGGGCUGCUCAAUGCCUUAGAUGGUGUUGCCUCCACAGAGGCACGAAUUGUCUUCAUGACUACCAAUUAUGUUGACAGGCUGGACCCUGCUCUGGUGCGUCCAGGUCGUGUGGACCUUAAGGAAUAUGUUGGUUAUUGUUCGCAUUGGCAGCUGUCCCAGAUGUUUCAGAGGUUCUACCCAGAAGAGCCUGUGUCUAUGGCUGAAUCCUUUGCAGAACAAGCCCUGUUGGCCCAGGGCCAGCUCAGUGCUGCUCAGGUACAAGGCCACUUUAUGCUCUUUAAAAAUGACCCUGAUGGGGCUUUGAAGCAUGUUGAGGCUCUUGCUCUGACCAAACCGGGCCCAACAUCGAACCAAUAAACACUGUUCACAGCA